AUGGGCGCCUCUCCUCCACCUACCCCGCUUCCAAGGGCACCUCACAGUGGUGAAUUGAGGUUCAAGAGUAUCACGUCACCGUGUGAAUGGAUUGAAGACUACUAUCCCGGUAGCUACCAUCCGGUUAUAAUAGGUGAUCUCUUUGAUGAUGGCCGAUACAGGGUUGUUCGGAAACUCGGUGAAGGAUCUUCUUCAACCGUUUGGCUGGCACGCGACCUGAGAGACGCUAGAUACGUCGCCCUAAAGAUAUUGGUAUCCAAAAGGACAAAGUCGAGUCAGGAACUGCAGAUCCUGCACCACCUUGCUAACGUUGCACCCGAAGACGGAGCACAAUACAUUACACAGCUUGUUACAGAGUUUGAGCACCAUGGCCCGAAUGGUGUACACAAGUGUCUGGUUCUGGAACCUAUGGGUCCUUCUGUCAAUUCUAUGGUUGAAGAACUGCCUCAAUUCAAACCGAGAUUGAGAACAAUGAACAUUCGGUAUCCGCCUCAAAUGGCGAGAAGCAUACUCAAGCAGUCGCUACAGGGAUUGGCCUUCCUCCACAGGAAUGGCAUUGCUCAUGGAGACUUCCAUCCUGGUAAUAUGCUCUUUUCACUCACAGAUAUCAACGGUUACGAGGAAGAUGUUUUGCGACAAGUCGAAAACGUCGAAUCCCAAUCAACAUCGCCCCCCGUAGUGCGACGCGAUGGCAAGCAGGAUAAAUGGGCCCCUCGAUACCUCUGUAUCGCGCAGCCACUUGGGUCCUUCGCGAGCCCUGUCGAUGAGUUCAGAAUCAAGCUAUCAGACAUGGGCGGAGCAUACUACUUCAAUAACCCACCUGAGGAGCCCACCACUCCAGCCGGACUCCGUGCCCCAGAGCUUGUGCUCAAAGGGGAGGUUAAUCCCUCUUUGGAUAUCUGGAGUUUCGGGUGUCUUGUUUUUGAGUUGACAACUGGACAGCCUCUCUUCUGCGUACCUAGGUUAUACUCCGAGGCGGAACAAAAGGAAGACCACCUUCUUUCGUUACAGGAGCGUUUGGGUCCCCUGCCAGAUGAUCUCUACUGUUUAUGGGAGACAUCUUCGCAAUACUACACGCCCGACAGGAAACUUUACAAUUAUCAGCUUGGAGGCGUCCCCGAAGGCGAGGAGCCUCUCGAGAUCCCGGAGCAGCUGUCAAUGGAGGAGGCAUUCGAUCAAACUAAACCCGAGUUAGAUAAGGAAGAAGCACAAAAAGUGAAGAAUCUUGUCAGAUGGAUUCUACACUAUGAUCCCUCCAAGAGACCCUCUGCUGAUGAGAUCCUGCAGGAUCCUUGGUUCGCUGGAGCUUAG